AAGUGCAACACACUCCUAAGUUUAUCAAAGUACAUAAACCCUAACUUUUUAACUUUUGUUUGAGGUGUUGGAUUUUAGAACCUUCCUCCUCCGGUCUCACCGCCGGUUCCUCCAUCCAAAUCCGUCAAAUCUUUCCUGUACUGCCGCCGUAAAGCCAUUGGCGGGAGCUCGAGGUUUCGAAUCCUCUUGUUCGAAACUUUUCCAGUUUGCCUUUCCUGAAAUCUUUGCCUUUUGAGAGUCUAUCUACGAGUGAUGACAGGAGCAAUUGAAUUUGUGGGGGAGGUGAUCUCUACAUUAUUUGAGAAAUGGGCUCGAUGAACAACGAGAUAAAGAAAUUACUUGGAUUGGAGCAUAGAAUUGUGACCUUGCCCUCAGGAUGACUUUAGUAGACAUUGUGGACUUAUCUAGCGACGAUGAACCUGAAGAGGUGGUGGUGAAGGCUGUUAAGUUAGAAGCUGAUUUGGUUGGGAGGGCGUUACAGCUGAAGAACUGUAGUAAAGUUGAACUAGUCAAGCAUCAAAUGUUGAAAACUAAAUCUUCUAUACAAGGAAACGAAGAAAAUGGGAGUGUAAAGUCUCUGAAGGCUGAUCACAACAUUACCAAUCAAGGGCAAUCUUCGGCGAAUGAUACUUCAACCCUAUCAAGGUCUCAAGCGCCAAUUUGUCGUCAAUUUUGGAAAGCUGGGAACUAUAAUGAUGGUCUUGGUUCCAAAGUCACACCUCAAAAUGGAAAAAAUUAUCUACAAGUCCAUCCUAUGUUUCUUCACUCCAAUGCAACUUCACAUAAGUGGGCAUUUGGUGCCAUAGCAGAAUUGCUUGACAAUGCAAUUGAUGAGAUCCAAAAUGGAGCCACUUUUGUAGUAGUUGAUGAAAUCUCAAAUCCAAGGGAUGGAAAUCCAGCCUUGUUAAUACAAGAUGAUGGUGGUGGAAUGGACCCUAUAGCAAUGCGAGGUUGCUUGAGUUUUGGAUUUUCAGAGAAAUCAAAAUCAUCGAUUGGACGAUAUGGAAAUGGCUUCAAGACUAGCACAAUGAGACUUGGGGCAGAUGUGAUUGUCUUUAGCCGCCACUUGGAUAAGAGGGUGUUGACUCAAAGCAUUGGCCUUCUCUCAUACACAUUCUUGAGAAAAGAAAACUAUGACAGGAUAGUUGUUCCCAUGGUUCAUUAUGAGUUUAAUACAUCGACGGGUACAUUGGAUUUCUUGCAUGGUAAAGAGCAUUUUAUGUCAAAUCUAUUGAUGCUGUUGCAGUGGUCUCCUUUUGCGACAGAAGCAGAGCUUCUAAAGCAAUUCGAUGACAUUGGGCCUCAAGGCACAAAAGUUAUUGUCUAUAACCUAUGGGCUAAUGACGACGGGAUUGUGGAGCUAGAUUUCAAUACAGAUCCUAGGGAUAUAAUUAUUAGUGGGGAUACUAGAAAAAUUCAGACAAUCCCUGCUUGGAAAUUAAUAAAUGAACAGCACAUCGGCAACCGGUACCAUUAUUCUCUUCGUGUCUACUUGUCCAUCUUGUAUUUGCGGAUACCAGCAAGUUUCAGAAUAAUACUUAGGGGGGAAGUUGUUGAACAUCAUAAUAUCGCUGAUGAUCUCAAAUUUCCACAAUUUAUUUUGUAUAAACCUCAGAAUGCAGGAACUGUAGAGGGCCAAAUUAUUACAACUAUUGGGUUUCUUAAAGACGCUCCAAAUGUCAAUAUCCAUGGCUUCAACGUCUAUCAUAAAAAUCGUUUAAUUCUUCCAUUUUGGCCAGUUGUGAGUUAUGCAGACAGUAGGGGAAGGGGAGUUGUGGGUGUGCUGGAAACAAAUUUUAUUGAACCCACACAUAAUAAACAAGAUUUUGAGAAAACUUCCCUUUUUCAGAAACUUGAAAGUCGUCUGAAGGAGAUGACCUGGGAAUACUGGGAUUUCCACUGUGGAUUAAUUGGGUAUCUGGUCAAGAAAAAGCAUCCAACUCAGAAUAUCCCACCUCUUUUAAGUAGUAAAGCCACAUCAAAUCAUAAGUCCUCUGGUGUUGGUACUGCAAAGGAGUCACAGAUCAGAUCAGGGCUCUCUCUUCCUAACUCUAAAAGUCGACAUGAACAGGGCCUUCAAUUGAAACGAAAGGAUAAUUUUGAAGAAAUUCAGAAUCUGAAAAGGCAGGCAGUUGGAGUAAAUAAUCUAAGCACCAAUGGUCAAUCGAAAAAUCAAGAGAAAGCAAUCGUGUUGCAGGAAAAUGAAACUCUGCGUGCAAACUGUUUGAAAUAUUCGAAAGAGGAGGAAGAACUUCAUGUUAAGGUGACCCAACUCAAAAGCGAAAUAGAGAAGGUUGACAAUGAGUAUGCCCGGCUAUUGGCUGAAUUACAAGAAAUAGAAAAAGUAAAGCCAGAAAAGGGUGUAUGAGUUUGUAUCUUAUUUAAAUUCACUUUUAAUUCUUUCAUUUGUUAAAUCAGUGUUGUAUUAAUAGAUGGAUUGGUCAUACAGCUUUUAAUAAGAGCUUAGGUAGAAGAGACCAAAAUUAAAAGCUGCCGGCCGAUAUGCUUUUUCUCUAUUUUUCUAGUUACCGGCGGCUAAUGUAAAUAUCGGAAGUGAAGCUUCUGUAGGCAGAUGAGAGAAUCAUGUUGUACAACAUGUAACAUACAAUUAUUUCUUGUAUGAAUAGAAUAAUCAUACAAGUAAUGCAGAAACAAAUUCACUUCUCA